AUUGGAAUCCUAUAGCUAAACUCUACCGGUUCCGGCAUAAGUUAACAGUUAUUGCCCGCAUACAAUAGGCCUUAUGUGCGAAAGCCAUAAGAGAGCCAAAACGGAGAACGCUGAUCUUACGUUUUCUCUUCUUGCUACUUAUCCUGCAACCGGAAAACCAAAACUAAAACUUAAACAGAGGAACAACAUAGAAGAGAGAUUUGAGAGAAAAACAGAUGCAAAUUGAGCACUAUUUUUACCAUGAAUUAUAUUGAUACAAGCUACACGUUACAACAUGCAGUUCGUGAUGGAAACCUAGAAAGAGCAAGGGAGAUACUUACUUAUUUUGGACUAUCUUAUUCACAAGCAUGGAAAGAAGGAUAUGUUUUACUUUGUGAUGCUAUUGAGAGAAGGCAUACAGAAGUUAUUAAACUACUUUUAACAAACGGUUCUAAAGUUAACAGCACCACUGAUGAAUAUCAUGAUACUCCACUUCAUCUUGCUGUUAUAAAUGGUGACAUAGAAAUUGUUAAGAUGCUUCUAGACAGACGUGCUAACGUUAAUGCUACAACUAGGAAUGGCAGAACUCCGCUUCACAAAGCAAUUGAAAAUAAUAAAAUAGAAAUCGCUAAAUUGCUUUUAAAUCAUGGAGCUAUUAUUAAUGUUACUGAUAAGUUAGGUGAAACACCGAUGUGUCUCGCUGCUAAAAAAGGAUAUGUAGAUGGUGUUAAGAUGUUUAUGGACAAAGGUGUUAACAUUAAUACUGAAAAUUGGUAUGGCAGAACUUUGCUUUACGAUGCAAUUGAAAAUAAGCAAACAGAAAUUGCUGAAUUACUUUUAAAUCAUGGAGCUGAUGUUAAUAUCAGUGAUAGACACGGGGUUUCACCACUGUUUCUUGCUGUUCAAAAAGAACAUGAAGAUGGUGUUAAGAUGCUCAUGGACAGAGGUGCUAACGUUAAUGCUGAAACUCAGGAUGGCAUAACUUUGCUGAGUCUUGCUGUUCAAACAGGACAUGUAGAUGUUGUUAAGAUGCUCAUGGACAGAAAUGCUAACAUUAAUGCUGAAACUCGGAAUGGCUCAACUCUGCUUCACAAUGCGGUGUUACACCACUACACUUUGCUAUUAAAAAAGGACAUGAAAAAUUUGUUAGCACGGUUUUGGACAGAGAUGCUAACGAUUAUGCUACAUUUCGGUAUGGCACAACUUUGCUUCCUGCAAAUGCUAUUGAAUAUAACGAAAUAAAAAUUGCUGAAAUACUAUUAAAUCAUGGAGCUACCGGUAACACCUGUAACGUUAAUGACAGUAACGAUAACGAUGCUACAUUACUGUGGUUUGCUGUUCACAGAGGAGAUGUAGAUAGUGUUAAGAUGCUUUUAGACAGAGGUGCUAAUGUUAAUGCUGAAACUC